GGAGACGGGCGGGUGCCGCAUGGGCGGCGCGGGGCCCGCGGCGAUCACGCUGGAGGAGCUGGACGGGCUGGAGGAGAGCCCCGACUCGGCGUACCACAGCCACGGCAGCUCCCUGGAGGAGGAGGCGGCCGAGCGCACGGACGACGAGGAGCAGGAGCGGCUGCUGAGCUACUGGCAGAGCGUGGGCAGGGGGCACCAGGUGGACGUGCCCCGCGACAUGGCAGAGCCAAUCCAGCAGCUGACCAGGAAUAACAACCCCCAGGAGAGACAGACCAUCCCCUUCACCCUGAUCCAGCGCAAGGAAAAGCUGGGAGAUCUGCUCUAUGAAAAGAGGCAGUACGGGAAGGCCAAGUGGGCCUGCAUAAAAAUGAAGGAGAAACAGUACGAGCAGAGCAUCUGCCUGGGCUUCAUGAAGCUCAUGAGGUACAUCUGUGAGCAGAACUCCUCAGGGCUGUACCUGGGCAUCACCAUCCCCAUCGUGACCAUCGUGCACACCGACGAGUCGCAGUCGGCCAUGACCCAGGCGGUGACAGUCGCCUACUACCUGCCCGAGGUGCUGCAGGACGAGCCCCCGCACCCCUUCGACUCGGACAUCAGCAUCGAGGAGUGGCCUUCCACCAUCGUCUACAGCAGGAGCUUCAGGGGCAUCACCAACGAAGACUCAAUCAUGAGAGAGAUCAGUGUGCUGGCAGCCAUCCUGGAGAGCCCCGAGCUGUGCCUGCAGGACACCUUCAUCAUCGCCGGCUACACCAACCCCGCCGCCGCCAACCGCCACAACGAGAUCUGGUUCCUGCAGCGGCCCUGAGCCGCCCCUGCU